UGUCCUCGCCCUCUCUUCGGAAGUCUUUUUAUUCGAGAGGUAUCAUCUCUGCAAACCCUCAAAGAUUCGAUUUUUGCGACGUUUUUGGUGAAAUAUUCCACUUGAUCCGGUGGAAUUCUAUGAGAUUGGUCCCUGGGAUGCCUUUCUGGGUGUUUUCUUUCUGCCGAUGGGGAUCGCCCAAGCGGCAAUUUUGCUCGUUGUGAACCCCGAAACCGAGCAUCCUGAUCUUUGGAUUCUGGAUUGGGCAUCAUCGAGGGUUUGGUUACGUUGUUCGUCUGUCUUUGGUGGGAUUUAUCACCUCUGUUGCUGUCCUCGUUAUUUGAUUUCAUAUCGUUUAGGGUUUUUGAUCCCCGCCGUGGUGUUACAUCUUAAUACGAUCAUGCCAAAAGAAAUUGUUUUCGGCCUUUGACCAUCUUUUUUGAAUGCUGCAUUCUUCGGUAUCCGAAAUGCCCUUUCUUCGUUCUUAGGUCACCGGAUAGAUUGCAAGUUUCGUUUGUCGCCGUCUUGUUAGAAUUAGACGGACUGUUCUUCCUCUUCUUGGUUGUGAGGGCUACGGCUGAUUCACAAGUUUGUCUUCGAUUAGUUCCGCUUUAGGGCUUCUUCACUUUGGGGGUAUAAAGCAGAUGGAUGAAAUGGGAGAGCUAGGGUUUCAAUCGGCACGAAAUUGCAUCUUCGGUGAUGAUGACCCUCCGAAGCAUUUAAUUCUCUCGACACGAACUGGGUCGCGAAACACAAGCCCAUCCAGGCAGAAGGCGAUCAAGACCAAGCCUCGGGGCUUCGACGAAGAGACUAUUGCAACAUUCACCAAAGUCAUACAUGCUGAUAUCCAAAUGGAAGAUAGCAUUUGGGCUCUAUUACCCGAGGAUCUGCUGAUGGAGGUUCUUGCGAGGGUGCCUCCAUUCUUGAUUUUCAGGCUGAGGUCAGUUUGCAGAAGGUGGAAUUCGAUUCUUCAGGACCGCAGUUUUCUCACGUCCCACUCCCAAGUUCCGUCCCACGGGCCCUGCCUUCUCACUUUCUGGAAAAACUCUCAGGCUCAUCAAUGUUCUGUGUUCAGCUUACCGCUGAAGACAUGGUACAAGAUACCUUUCGUAUUUUUACCCGACUGGGCUUUCUGGUUGGUCGGUUCUUCGGGCGGUCUUGUGUGUUUCUCUGGAUAUGAUGGGCUUAGCUUUAGAAUGCUUGUCUGCAAUCCCUUGACUCAGGCUUGGAGGGUAUUGCCUGGCAUGCACUAUAAUCAGCAAAGACAGUUGAUCUUGGUCACCGAUAAGGUGGACCGCUCAUUCAAGGUGAUUGCUACAAGUGACAUAUAUGGGAAUAGAACUUUGCCAACGGAAGUAUAUGAUUCAAAACUUGAUGGCUGGUCCGUCCAUCAGGUAAUGCCAGCUGUUAAUUUGUGUUCAUCAAAGAUGGCUUUCUGUGACUCGAGACUUUAUCUAGAGACACUUUCACCACUUGGUCUUAUGAUGUAUCGAGUGGAUACAGGUCAAUGGGAACAUAUUCCAGCUAAAUUUCCGCGGUCUUUGUUGGAUGGAUAUCUAGUUGCUGGUGCACAAAAACGCUUGUUUCUAGUUGGAAGGAUCGGGCUGUACAGCACCCUGCAGAGCAUGCGAAUUUGGGAGCUGGAUCAUGCUAAGACAGUAUGGGUUGAAAUCAGUAGGAUGCCACCAAAGUAUUUUAGGGCCCUUUUGAGAUUAUCAGCUGAAAGAUUUGAUUGUUUCGGGCAGGAUAACCUAAUAUGCUUUACAUCAUGGAAUCAAGGGAAAGGUCUUCUGUAUGAUGUAGAUAAGAAAGCAUGGUCUUGGAUUGCAGGCUGUGCGAUCCAAUUAUGCAACAGUCAGGUUUGCUUUUACGAACCAAGGUUUGAUACUUCCAUCUACUGAAAUUAUGACUUGAACAGGAACAGAUUGCCGCUGGUGGUACCAAAGAAAAGACAUUUGAAUUAGACCGUAAUCUGAUCGUUGAAUGGUUCUUUCGAAUAAUUAAACUUCUCUUGCCAAGAGCAACUGCCUUUUUGCCCAUUAAAUUUCAUAACAAUUAGACGGAUGAACUGAGCUACCGGAAUUUGCAUAGAGAUGUAAAGGAAACAAAGUUAUCUUUGCAUGAGAAACUUGUUGAGGCUGCAGUUUCUCGUAGCAUUCAACUCUUUUCUUGUUCAUGUUUUGCCUAAACUACCUUGAUGACUCUGUACAACACUUUCUAAUCUUUUCUGCCUUGUGAGUCACAUACAAUUUCUCACAAAAUUAGUGCUAUCAGAAUUUUCUCCGGAGUUUAUCCGCUGCAGUUUUAUUGCUGCUUCAGUAGCAGAACGAACAUUUUCUUUCUACUGGUUUGUGUUCUGCUGGAACUCGAGUACUCUCACAAACAUCAGCUAAUUCCAGAUAUUGUGAUCGGCUAACACUUCAAUUGUGCUUAUAUCUUGAAGGAUGAGGCAUUGCAAACCAUAUGAAGCGAUCUAAAUAUUCUUUACAACAACUGGAAAUUGCUGUGUCUGCAUCCAUUCUCAUUGACUGAUUAAAUAGAGGUCUGGUGCCACCAGCACGUUCCUGCUUUGGUGACCUGUUGGUGGAAGGAACCAUGCUAGAAGAUGGAUGGCCUUGGCUAAGUGACUCAAAUCUGUGUUGGUGCAGGAGCAUGUAGAUUCAGUGCACAGAAGUGGCAGAAAAGGAGUCAUUGCAUGGUGGCACAUCUGAUGCACAUAGGAGGGGUGGGCUUUUGAGGUGUAUCCGUGGACGUGCAUGGUUUUGACAAAAUGGGUGAUUCCUCCCCCAGCAUUGGGAUUCUGUGGACUGCAUGCGAGUAUUUUUUUAAGACAAUAGUUGUUGGUUUGAGGUGAUCUUGGUUGAAGGCGACAACACAGGCAAAUCGGUAGAAGCUAUUGCAUGCCACCCAAACCCUCUUUUAUCAAAUAUGCAAAACUAUGAAAAGAAGCAUUUUUCUGCUCCUGUUCAGCGUCUACAAAAUCAUGAGUUGCCAUUGGUGAUGCUGACAACAACCCUCAUGUUUGUUUGUCUCACGAGGUUGGAAUGAGCGGAAAAAAAAAACCCGACCAAGAUAUCAAACAACUCGAAGACCUAGGGAAACACCUAAGCCUACCUACAGGCGUCAUGGAGGGUACAGUUGGAUGAAUGAGUUGGAGUUGAAAAUUUCAAACUGGCACGAAUAACCCAAGAUUUUGUAUUUCACUGGAAUUGCUGCACUUAUUUUUAUGGGAACAUUUACAUGACAGUGUUGGAGAGUCUCAAUAGCUUCACUGAAACAUGCAAAACGUGGGAGGAAUCUCUGGUACGCAGAGGACACAAUAUGCAUGUAGCUACUGACCAGUGGGGACUGUCAUUUGAUGACACAAUUUUCUUGUGCAACUCCUGCUUGUAAUUGGCCUAAUGGUAAUUGUUGGGCAGUUGUUUGUCGUGAACGUUCAGUGCUGGGUUUAACACCUGAAUCCAAGUCUGGCUUUAACUCAGGUAUGACCUGUCUAAAUCUGUGAAGCAUUGUUUGUCUAUGAACACUUACUUGAUCAUGCCUAUUAAAUAUUUGUUCAAAUUA